AUGGCGAGCCACCAGCAGCCGUCGCCUACUGCGGGCAUCCCACCGCACCAUGCCGGGCCGCAUCCAGCGCAUGCGCAAGUGAACGGUCACCCGCUUCACGUCAACCAGCCAAAGACCCCGUCGCAGUAUUUGGGCCAAUUGACCGAGGCCGUCUGGACGCAGAUGGGCUCCCUAUCAGAACAGAUGCAAGACUUUGACAGCGCCAUGGAGUGCUACCAGCUUGCGCUCAAGUACAACCAGUGGUCUGUGCCAGCCAUGCAAGGUAUCGCGUGCAUCUUGCGUACCAAGGACGCAUUUCCGCAAGCUGUGGAGUAUUUGCGCACAAUCCUCAAGGUCGACAACAACAAUGGCGACGUCUGGGGUAGCCUUGGUCACUGCUACCUCAUGAUGGACGACCUGCAGCAGGCCUACUCUGCUUACCAACAGGCGCUCUAUCACCUGUCUGAUCCAAAAGAACCUAAACUCUGGUACGGCAUUGGCAUCUUGUACGAUCGCUAUGGCUCUCUGGAGCAUGCCGAAGAGGCUUUCUCGCAGGUUAUGCGAAUGGAGCCCAAUUUUGAGAAGGCAAACGAGAUCUACUUCCGCCUUGGCAUAAUAUACAAGCAGCAGCAAAAGUUCAACCAGAGUUUGGACUGCUUUAAGUACAUCGUUACCAACCCUCCUCGCCCUCUAACUGAAGAGGACAUCUGGUUCCAAAUCGGCCACGUAUACGAGCAGCAGAAGGAGUUCGAAGCCGCAAAGGGUGCCUACCGUCGCGUGCUCGAGCGCGACCCCAAUCACGCCAAGGUCCUCCAACAGUUGGGAUGGCUGCAUCACCAGCAAAGCACUAACUAUGCUAGCCAGGAGCAGGCUAUCGAGUAUCUGGAGAAGUCCGUUGCUUCCGAUCAAACCGAUGCACAGAGCUGGUAUCUCCUGGGUCGCUGCUACAUGUCCCAGCAGAAGUACCCCAAGGCGUAUGAGGCUUACCAGCAAGCUGUCUACCGUGACGGACGCAACCCUACCUUCUGGUGCAGCAUUGGUGUGCUGUACUAUCAGAUCAACCAGUAUCGUGAUGCGCUCGAUGCAUACUCGCGUGCCAUAAGACUUAACCCCAACAUUUCGGAAGUCUGGUACGAUCUCGGCACACUCUACGAGUCCUGCAACAACCAGACAGCCGAUGCGCUUGACGCUUAUCAGCGUGCGGCUGACCUUGAUCCUUCAAAUGUUCACAUCAAGGCCCGUCUUCAGCUUCUUCAAAAUGGCCAGGGAUCGGCCGGUGCUCCCAACCAAGGCAACGCUCCCGUCCCGCAAGACGUUCACCCGCAGGCUUACCAGCCUGCCUCCGUUCACGGACCUGCUGCUCCUCAGUGGGGCUCUCAGCCUGCGCAGCCGCCUCAGGGCCCUGCUCCACCAGCACUUGGAACCGCGGGUUGGGAUCGUCCGCUGGCUCAGAUUAGGGAUCCGGGUUUGCCACCUCAAUCUCUCAACCCUUACGAGCAGCGUGAAGGCGUUCGCCCACCAACUCAGCAUGCCACCCAGCGUCCAGCGAGCCCACGCCAAGAGCCUCCGAGGUCUUAUGGUGAGCCUCCUCGACCUCCCACCAACGGCCCUGGACCAUCCGGCCCGACUGGACCACCUCCUCCAGGUCCAGGAUCUCUUCGCCGUGGCAUGUCACCCUCGCCAAAAACGCAUCAUGUGGCUCCCAGCCCAUACCACCCUCAGCCACCACAGCUUACACCCCAGCCUGCUCAGGCGCAGCAGCCACCGCCUCCUCCCCACCAGGCGCAGCAGCCUCAGCAACCCCAGCAAUCCCAGCAGCCAAACCGUAUCUCUAACCCCAACUACGGUCUACAUGCUGGCUCUGGCAGUGUUCCGCCGCCCCCACCACCGCCACCUGCUGGAAUGGCCGGACCACCUGGUCAGACAACCCCUGGACCUCUCCCUCCUUACGGUGGACGUCCUGGUAGCCCACCGCCAGAGGUGCGACCCAUUGUCGAGAACCGCACUGGCUCUCCACGAAAUGGGUACCAGGGUCCCUACCAGACCCAGCAUCACGCUGAUCCCUCCGCCAGUGGUGGCAUCGCAAGUGGUGCACCUGCGCCAGCGGCGGCUCUCGCAGCUGCAGAGGCAGCCGCACGAGAUCGUGAGGAUCGCCCACCCACUGCUCCACCGAAGCGCCACAGGGAGUGGGAAGAGAGCCCGAAGCUGCAGAACAAUGAUGAGAAGCGCCAGAAGCUCGAAGAGCCUCACAGUCGCCGUCCUUCGCCUCCACAUCACGUAACGUCGCCGCAGGUCGCACGCCAGAGUCCUCAGGCCGCUCCUGAUGCUCGACGCUUCAAUGAUGGCUACCACCCUUCGGAGGCUGCUCACCAUCCGCCCUCGUUGGCACCAAUUGGAGCCCCUCAAGCACAGACGCCGCUUCCUCGCAUGUCGGAGACACCAGCACCUGCGAAGGAGACGCCCCGUCCUGAGCACCACGAGCCAGCCGCUCGCCACGUCGACGUUGACGAAAACUAUGAUGAUGAAGGAGACGAGCCAAAGGCGAAUGGGACCAAGUCUGAGCGCAACAGCCCUCGCACUGCACCCACCAACGGGGUACCUCCCUCGGCCACCCCUGUCCCCGAGCAGAAGUCCUAA